AUGCUGGUGUCUCCUCAGGCAGAGAGGAACUGGGAGGGUGUUUGUUCAGUGCUUGAAGAUGUUUUGGAACCCCAAUCACACAGGCAGUUGUUUGCCUUAGAGCUGGGCUCUGGAACCGGGCAGCACGUCAUACGGUUUGCUCAGAAGAUGCCUUUUGUCACUUGGCAGCCAUCAGACAUCAAAGAGGAGUCUCGCGAAAGCAUCAAGGCUUAUAUUGCUGCAACCUAUGCAAAGACUGUGCUGCAGCCUGUCCACUUGGAUGUCAACGAACCGUGGGAGAAAUGGGCAGGCCUUUCUCGCAGCUCCUGUGAUGUUGUUAUUGCCAUUAACUUACUGCAGUACAGCUCCUUCCAAACUGCACAGGGUGUUUUCAAUGGAGCAGGUCAGAUCCUCAAACAAAAUGGCCUUUUGAUAACAUAUGGGGUGUAUGCUAUUAAUGGAACCAUUACACCAAGUUGCAACGAGCACCUGGAUGCAGAGCUUCGGAAAAUGAAUCCAGAGUGGGGUCUUCCAGACAUUGAUGUGCUCAGACAGCUGGCUUAUGGAAAUGGGAUGCGUAUGGAGAGGAUAGUUGAGAUGGAAGACUACUACAAAUGCCUCAUCUUCAGAAAACUUUAAAGAAGCCAAAGUACACAAAGGAGAUUAACAAACCUUUUUUUCCCCCCUAUAUCCAUGUAUAAUUCUAAGUUAUGUGUAAUUCUGCCAUAUCAAUAUUGUGUCAUGUUACAGCCUUCACAUUUGUAGAAGACACUUUAACUGCCCCUAAGUUACACAGA